GAGAAGGAAGCCUUGGAGGCGGCGCAUACCCUGAAUUAAAUAGCCGGUCCCGGCGUCUCGCCUUCAUUUUCGAUCGACCCCCUUGACUUGUGAUCCUUACAACUAUGCAAAGGGUAGCCAUAGUCACCGGCGCCACCAGUGGGAUUGGUUCUGCGCUGUGUGAACGUCUGCUCCAGGAAGAUGAAAACAUCCAUAUUUGUUUAGCCUGCAGAAACAUGGACAAAGCCAAUGCCACCCGUGACAACUUAUUAUCAUCCUUCCCCCGUGCACACAUCAGCAUUGUUAAAAUAGAUGUUGGCAGGCUGGAAUCUGUCCUACAUGCAGCUCAAGAAAUAAAGAUGAGAUUUCAUAGAUUGGAUUAUCUCUUCUUGAAUGCUGGGAUCAUGGUCAAUCCACGUGUCAGUUUCUGGGCAUUUUUACGUGGCCUCUUCUCCAGCAAGGCAUUUCGAAUGCUCACCACAGCAGAGGGGCUGAUGACCCAGCAGGACAGGGUCAGUCCAGAUGGCCUGCAGGAAGUCUUUGCAACCAACUUCUUUGGACAUUUUGUAUUGAUCCGGCAGCUGGAGCCUCUUCUUUGCUGCCUUGAAAAUCCUUCCCAGCUCAUCUGGACUUCUUCAGUCAGUGCCCAUAUAUCUAACUUUAGCCUUGAUGACAUCCAGCACAAGCAGGGGAAACAGUCCUACAGUUCCUCUAAAUACUGCACUGAUCUUGCAAGUGUGGCUUUAAACAACCAUUUCAACAAGCAGGGUUUAUUUUCAAGUGUCAUGUGUCCAGGUAUUGUAAUGACCAAUAUGACAUAUGAAAUGAUGUCCCCUCUUUUCUGGAAGCUGCUUUUCCCUUUCUUAUGGCUGCUACGCCUGUGCACCCCUACAUACACUCUGAUGCCGUACAACGGAGCAGAAGCACAGAUUUGGUUGUUUAAGCAGAAGCCAGAGUUGCUGGAUCCCCUGGUGAAAUAUUACAGUUGUACUACUGUUUUUGGGAAGAAUUACACUGAGAGCCGCAAGAUGGAUAUUAAUGAAGACGCAGCAGAGAAACUGUACAAGAAGCUGUUGGAAUUAGAAAAGCAAGUUUUAGUGAGCAACAAAUCACCCAGAUAAAAAAUAGCAAGACAGCUGUUCACAGGAAAAUGUUUCUUGCACUUGGAACACUCUUUGUUAUUAUUGUUUGCCUUUGCAAAGCAGAUUUUCCUAGUGGACUGCUGUGGAUGAUUGUGUAACUUCCACUUGUCUGAAAUGGUAUCGGGCAGGGGUCUCCAACCUUGGCAACUUUAA